AUGGAUAUUAGUGCCGUAGGCCAACCACCAUGCAGCGACUUCCGCAGCCCAGAAGACAAUCUCCGACUGUGGCAAUUUCUGACUGUCUCAUGGAUGGCACCGCUGAUCUCCCUCGGGCGGAAAAGACAGCUUAACGAGCAAGAUGUGUGGCAACUAGGAUUUGAGUUCCAACACAGUCGGCUGCAUGAGAAGUUUCGUCGUAUCCGUGGAUCCGUCCUUCGCCGAGUACUGAAGGCGAAUGGACUUGAUGUUCUCAUCAUUUCUGGGAUUGCCACCGUGCAGAUGUUUUGCGACUUCUCUACACCAAUCCUUCUACAGCAACUUUUGCAGGCCAUGCAAGAUCCAACUAGACCGAAACGUGUGCCACUGACUUAUGCACUUUUGUCACUUGUGCUUCGCCUAGUUGGUGUGCAGUCUCAGGUCCUGAACUUGUGGUAUGGGAGACGCUGCUAUGAGAGAUCUAGAGGGGAGAUGGUGAUGAUGGUUUACGGCAAGGCCCUCUCGCGCAAAAAUAUCAUAGGCUUGCAUGUUGAGGGCGAGCGAAAGCAAGCAAAUGAAGAGGAGGGAAUCAUCAGUGAGGAUGCCACAACACACGAGGUUGAGCCUUCCCCGGCCAGGCAGAAUCUAUGGAACUGUCUAUUUUUCAGGAAACGGAAAUCCCAGCCAAAGAAAGCUAAAGAGGCUGCUUCGUUGGGCAAGAUUUUUAAUCUUCUCAGAGGCGAUGUGUAUGAUGUGGCACAGCGAUUCUGGGAGAUUGACAUUCUCAUCGACAAGCCCUUGGGCUUGGUCAUCGCUGUUGCCCUGGUAUGGACCCUUUUCGGGCCAUCCUGUAUCCUUGGUAUACUGGCAGUAUUGGUUGCACAAGCCGUUAACGCUGUCAUCACUCGGACUCUUCUUAGGCGGGAACGCAUCACACGAGCAGCCACAGAUGUUCGAUUGCAAAGAACAUCGCAAUUCGUGGAAGCAAUCCGCCAUCUUCGUUGGUAUGGCUGGCAAGAUCACUGGCUUCGACAAGUCAUGGAAGCCCGACAACACGAGUUAAACCUGCGAAUCAUCACCCGCCUAUGGAGUACCUUGAUCCGUUUCAUCAAUGCUUUCGCAAGCGGUGUAUUUCCCGUAGUGGCUUUAUAUGCCUACACCAUGUUAGCCGGCCAUGAGCUCCGCAUUGAUAUCAUUUUUCCUGCAUUGCAGCUAUUUACAAUGCUUGAGACCCGCUUGCGUGACAUCCCAGGCCUGAUCACCGCACUGAUCAACGCAUCCAUCGCACUUGGGCGUAUCGAGGAUUUCAUGGCGGAGCCGGACAAGGAAAAAACCGACUCUAGCCACCCUUUGGAGAACAUGCCUUUUACCCUCGAUUCCUGCUCUUUUGCCUGGCCCGGCCAAGUAUCUCCAGUGCUCAGAGACAUCAACGUGACUAUUUCGAAAGGCCUCACUGUCAUCAUUGGAAAAGUUGGCGCCGGCAAGACUGCCCUCCUUCAAUCUCUGCUAGGAGAACUGGACCAACUUAGUGGGACCUCACACCUGCCGAGCGAAAUGGUGGGAUACUGUGCGCAAACACCAUGGCUUCAGAGCAUGAGCAUCCGCGACAAUAUCCUGUUCUCUGCUCCUUAUGAAGAGCAACGCUAUAAGCGUACCUUGGACGCCUGUGCUCUACUUCCAGAUCUAUCGCAGUUCAAGCAUGGCGACUUGACCUUCAUUGGCGAAAAUGGCAUUGGCCUCUCAGGAGGGCAGAAGGCACGAGUGGCACUUGCUCGAGCGGUAUACAGUGCUUCUCGAGUGUUGCUUCUAGAUGACCCACUAUCCGCAUUGGACCACAACACCGCAGAGUUGGUAGUGCGCAAAUGCCUGUCCGGGCCCUUGAUGCAGGAUCGCACAGUUGUCUUGGUGACACAUCGUACUGCAUUAGUACGUGAAAUCGCUGAUCAGAUUGUUGAACUCGAGGAAAGCCGCGCGACUGUUUACAACAAGGCUGAGAUCUCUGCGUUCACUCGAAAUGGACUUGAGAUUGUGAUGGAUUUGAAUGACUCUGAAACUGAGAAUGAAGAAAUCAGCAUGGAGGAAGAAGCGGUUGCAAUACCGGAUAAGUUCAUUGAGGAAGAGCACCGCGCAGAAUGGGGUGUGAAGGCCCGUGUAUACUGGAACUACAUUAAGGCCGGAAAGUAUCGAUGGUGGGUUAUCCUGGUCCUGGUUCUGGCAAUUUACCGGCUCACGGCCGUUGGACAAUCGUGGUUCCUUAAGGAAUGGGGUGAAGCUUAUAGCCAUGUACCUUGGACUCUCAAUCACCUCUCAGCCUGGCUUAAGCCCUCUAGAGACAUUCCGCUGGUCUCCGUGACGAGCGUGGACACAUACUUGAUGCCACAAAUUUCUGUCGACCAGCUCCCGCCCCCACACGAGGAUGUUCGCCCUUGGUUAUGGGCGUUCUUUGGUAUCAUUUCUUUUCAGGCAAUCGCGCUCCUUGUCUCCCAGCUGCUGAUGCUGGUCAUUGUCUACUGCGCUGGCAGGACGCUCUUCCAGCAGGUAAUGGUCCGGGUCAGUCAUGCCAACUUCCGCUUUUUCGACGUCACUCCCGUGGGUCGGUUGAUGAACCGCUUGACGUCGGAUAUUGGCGUGGUGGAUGGCAACAUUAGUGAACAAUUCCAGGCGAUUGCAUUCUAUGCAAUCACUUGGAUCUCUUCGGUACUGGUGAUUGCUACGGCCACCCCGGUCUUCCUCGUCUUCUCGUUGAUCCUCACCAUAGCCUUCGUUCUCAUCUUCUUACGCUUCCUGCCAACGUCUCAAAGUCUCCGGCGACUCGAGAUGGUCUCAUUGACCCCAUUAUUAUCCAAUUUUGGAGAACUGUUGCAUGGGCUGACUACUGUCCGUGCCUUCCUUGCGGAAGAGCGCUUCCAAAGCCGCGUCAUCUCGGUGGUUGAUAAGUUCCAGGGGAUGGACCACUUCUACUGGUCAUUGCAGGCAUGGCUUAUGUAUCGCUUCGAGAGCCUUUCCGCUUUCUCAACGUUUUGCCUUACUGCCUUGGCUCUAUAUACGAAUACAGCCCCUGGGCUAGUGGCGUUCGUGCUCAUCGCUGCCAACAACUUUGUCGACUCUACUCAUGCCCUGUGCAAGCAAUAUGGCCAACUGCAAAUGGAUUUUGUAUCAGUGGAAAGAGUUGAUGAAUUACUUCAUAUCGAAGAGGAAACACCGGGUACCAUCGACCCACCGGCCGCCUGGCCAACCUACGGAAGCGAUAUCAUAUUCGAAAAUGUCACCAUUCGAUACGCCCCACACCUCGAUCCUUCCUUGACCGAUGUAUCUCUUCAAAUUCCUGGUGGAUCUACCACCGCGCUCACUGGUCGUACCGGGAGUGGCAAGUCCACCUUGGCCGUAUCGCUUCUUAGUGUCAUUCGACCAGAGACUGGUCGCAUAAUGCUUGAUGGCAUCAACAUUGCCGAUGUCAACACGCAAGCGCUUCGAACUCGGGUCACCUUCGUCGCCCAAGACCCUGUUCUUUUCCCCGGUAGUAUCCGUCUCAACCUUGACCCCACUGAAGAGUUCUCCGACCAACAGUGCGCGGACGUUUUGGAGCGCCUUUGCGGCCGCCAUGGCUGGACUCUCGAUAUGCACAUAGAAGCAGGUGGAAAAAACCUGAGCCAAGGCCAACGACAACUCAUUGCUCUCACACGUGCUGUUCUUCGACGCAGCCCGGUUGUUAUUCUCGACGAGGCCACUGCUUCCAUUGAUCAUGACACCUCGCUUGAAAUCCAGCAGAUUAUUCGAGAGGAGUUACAACUCUCAACUGUGAUCACAAUUGCGCAUCGAAUCGAAGCUGUGAAGGAUGCAGACUACUUUGUGGUACUAGACCAAGGAAAGGUCUCUCGACAGGGGACCACCCGAGACUUGUAG